AUGUCUCUCACUUACAAAGCCCUCGUCGUCGUCGUCGCUGCGCUCGCACAGCUCACCGGCGCCUUUGAUCGCAACGACCCGCUCGACAGCUGCCCUCCCGCCGCGCGCACCAUUAUCGAGAACCAGAGCGCCUUCAACUCGACAGGCGAGACGUCCUUUAAGCUGCUGCCGGCGGCGAGCAGCCAGUCCGGCGACGACGACUGGCACCUCGCCCUGACAUUUCGCGACGAGCGCGCGCAAAACACCCUCUACAGCUCGUCGCAAACCCGCCAGUCGCUCGACGUCAUUGUCAGCGUCCCCGAGCGCUUCCCCGGCAGCGAGGCCGGCAAGCAGACCAGCCUGUGCGUCUACCGCCUCGAGCAGCAGAGCGCCGCCGCCAACGCCAACGAGCAGGCUUCCUGCACCGGCAUCCUCAGCGAUGCGUGCAUCAGCGCAUUAAACAGCGUCCCUGCUGCCAGCGAUGGCUCCUGCCCGGUUCCUGAUAUCGCGGGCGCAUGCGGCGACGCCAAGGUUGUUGGAUCAACCACUACGCCUGUCGUCUUCAACAGCACUCUCUGUUCUACCAAUGCCACCAUUCCCCAGUCCGACGCCAUCCCCGACGGCUACCAAAAUUACAUUACUUUUGCGUCGGGCGAGCUGAACCGGACCGACGACAGCAGGACGUCCUUUACCGUCUACAACGAACACAUUGUGCAGCCGGUGCCCAUUCUCCUCACGGCCAAGCUUGGCGCCGGCGCCGGCAACGCCACCACCAGAUCCAAGCUACUCUGCCUCGCGCCGAGCAAGGUCGUCCAGGGGAGCCGCACAGCCGUGGUGACGGCCGCGGCCGGCGGCAGCACUGCUGCGAGCCUGCUCGGCGCCGCCAAGCCGGUGUUGGUCAUGAGUCUGUUGGCCAGCAUCCUGGCGGUGACGCUGUAA